AUGACACAGCUGUUGCUGCACGCAUCGAUUGGUAUCCCAAUACACGACGCUUCGUGGCCCAUGCGCUUGCACCGUCUGGAACUUGGGAAUUUCAAUCAGUCUGUAGCCGGGGUCGUAUGGCCGUCGUCCGUGCAACAGCUAUCGUUGGGGUCAGAUUUUAACCAGCCUCUUGUCGGAGUCGUGUGGCCAGCGUCCCUGCAACAGCUAUCGUUCGGGCGGACGUUCAAUCAGCCUCUUGCCGGAGUUGUGUGGCCGACGUCCCUGCAACACCUAUCGUUCGGGUCGACGUUCAAUCAACCUAUUGCCGGAGUUGUGUGGCCGACGUCCCUGCAACACCUAUCGUUCGGGUGGUUCAAUCAACCUAUUGCCGGAGUUGUGUGGCCGACGUCCCUGCAACACCUAUCGUUCGGGUGGUUCAAUCAACCUAUUGCCGGAGUUGUGUGGCCGACGUCCCUGCAACACCUAUCGUUCUGGUCAAAUUUCAAUCAACCUAUUGCCGGAGUUGUGUGGCCGACGUCCCUUGAACGGCUAUCGUUCGGGUCGGAUUUCGACCAGCCUAUAGCCGGAGUCAUGUGGCCGGCGUCCCUGCAAUGGCUAUCGUUCGGCUUCUGCUUCGAUCAGCCUAUUGCCAGAGUCAUGUGGCCGGCGUCCCUGCAAUAUCUGGCACUGGGUAAUUAUGAUCAUCCUCUUGCAGGAGUCGUGUGGCCGGCGUCCCUGCAACGGCUAUUGUUGGGGGCAGCUUUCAAUCAACCUAUUGUGGGAGUCGGGUGGCCGACGUCCCUGCAGGAGCUUUCGUUCGGGUCAAAUUUCAAUCAGCCUAUUGGAGGAGUUGUGUGGCCGACGUCCCUGCAGGAGCUUUCGUUCGGGGUAGAUUUCAAUCAUCCUCUUGCUGGAGUCGUGUGGCCGGCGUCCCUUCAACGGCUAUCGUUCGGGGCAAGGUUCAAUCAGCCUAUCGCCGCCGUCGUGUGGCCGGCGUCCCUGCACUGGCUAUCUUUCGGGUCGCAUUUCAAUCAGCCCAUAUCCGGAGUCGCGUGGCCGACGACCCUGCAACGGCUAUCGUUCGGGCGGAUGUUCAAUCAGCCUCUUGACGGGGUCGCCUGGCCAAGUUCGCUGCGACGUGUGACACGUCGUGGGAUGAGCCUGCUGUGA